UCUGUAAAUUGAUUUAAGUGAACAGAAGCAAGACCAGGUGUUCAGGUGUUGUGGUCUCCAAGACUGCAUUUAUAGUGGGCGAAACUGAUCAGUGGUGAGUGCCGGGACUGGAUUGCACAGUAGCAGGGAUGUGCGUGCAGUUCCGGGCGGCGGCUGCGGGCGCCGCUGUUCACCACGGAGGAGAGGAAGGAGCGGAGCGCUGCAGCCAGCCCCGCCCGCUGCGGCCCGGCUCGCUCGCUCGCUCGGUCGCUGGCUGUGUCGGCGGCCGGACGGGCUGCGGGCGGCCCCGCGGUGCGGAGCAGAGCUGCAGCGAGGCGGAGGGACGGAACCGGGGACGGGAACCGAAGCGGGAGCGACAGUCUAUCCGGAGACGGAAGCGAAGAGUCGGGGCGGUAGCGGGGAGCUGUCGGCGGGCGUCCGGUGGCGGCGGGGCCGUGGCGGAGAUGUGCCCGGCGAGAGAAGGGCGCUGGGGCCGAAGGCAGCGAGCGCUGCUGUGCUGCGUGUUGGUGGCGGCGUUGGAGGCGGCGUGGGGGCAGCUGCGCUACUCGGUGCCCGAGGAGCUGCCCAAGGGCUCUUUCGUGGGCGACGUGGCCAAUGACCUGGCGCUGCAGCUGGCGGCGCUCCGCGACCGCGGGGCCCGAGUUGUGUCGGCAGAUAGGACGCGGUAUUUCGCUCUGCAUGCGAACAGCGGCCACCUGGUGACGGCGGAGAGGCUAGACAGAGAGCAGCUGUGCCGGCUGGUGGAGCGCUGCGUGCUGCGCUGUGAGGUGAUCGUGGAAGGCGAGAUGAAGGUCUACGAGAUCGAAGUGGAAAUCACAGACGUUAACGACAACGCGCCCAGCUUCCGAGAGUCCGAAAUGGAAUUGAGAAUGAGUGAGACGACAGCUCUUGGGUCCCGCUUUCCCCUGGCUGAUGCUCACGACCCGGACGUGGGAGUGAAUUCCCUGCAGAGCUACGAGCUGAGCGGCGACGAGCACUUCUCGCUGUCCGUGCAGGCGGGAGCCGACGGCGAGAAGCGUCCCGAGCUGGUGCUGGCCAAGGCGCUGGACCGGGAGGAGGCGGCGUUUCACGAGCUGGUGUUGAGGGCGAACGACGGCGGCGAGCCGUCUCGGACGGGCACGGCGCUCAUCCGCGUGUCUGUGCUGGACGCCAACGACAACGCUCCCGUGUUCAGCCAGGCGGUGUACGCGGUUCGCGUGCCCGAGGACGUGCCCGUUGGCUCCACGCUCCUCGCCCUCACGGCCACCGACGCCGACGAGGGACUCAAUGGCUACGUGAAAUACUCGCUUAAAAAGGCGACGGACCUGGCAUCGGAAAUCUUCCACCUGGAUCCUGUGAGGGGAUCGAUCAGGCUGGUGAGGAGCCUGGACUUCGAGGAAGGCGACUCCUACGAAAUGGAGGUGCAAGCACAGGAUGGCGGUGGCCUUUUUGACACGUCUACGGUCUCAGUCUCGGUGACGGACGUGAACGACAACGCGCCCGAGAUUUCGGUGAGGUCGGCGCUGAGCGAGAUCUCGGAGGACGCGCCGUCGGGGACGGUGGUGGCCCUGCUGCACGUGCAGGACCGGGACUCGGGCGCCAACGGCGAGGUGCGGUGCAGCAUCGUGGAGGGCGUCCCGUUCCGCCUGGAGCGGGCGCUGAACAAUUACUACAGCGUGGUGACGGCGCGGGAGCUGGACCGGGAGGAGGUGUCGGAGUACAACGUGACGGUGCGGGCGGCGGACGGCGGGUCGCCGUCGCUGCGGAGCAGCGCGGUGCUGGCGCUGCGCGUGCUGGACGUGAACGACAACGCGCCGGUGUUCGCGGAGGCGCGCUACAGCGCCCGUCUGGCCGAGAACAACGCCGAGGGCGCGCUGGUGCUGACGGUGCGGGCGUGGGACGCGGACUGGGGGCAGAACGCGCGCGUGCGGUACCGGCUGGCGGAGGGGCGUGUGCGGGGCGCGCCGCUCUCGUCCUACGUGUCGGUGCAGGCGGAGACGGGCGCGCUGUACGCGCUGCGCUCCUUCGACUACGAGGAGGUGCGCGAGGUGGGGCUGUGGGUGCGGGCGGAGGACGGCGGCGCGCCGGCGCUGAGCAGCAACGUGUCGGUGCGGCUGCUGAUCGUGGACGAGAACGACAACGCGCCGCAGGUGCUGUACCCGCCGGCGGCGGCGCCGGGCGCGAGCUGGACGGGCGUGGAGCUGGCGCCGCGCUCGGCGGAGCCCGGCGCGCUGGUGGCCAAGGUGGUGGCGGUGGACGCGGACGCGGGGCAGAACGCGUGGCUGUCCUACGAGCUGGCCAAGGCGACGGAGCCGGGGCUCUUCCGCGUGGGGCUGCACAGCGGCGAGGUGCGCACGGCGCGCUCGCCGCUGGCCCGCGACGCGCCCAGGCACAGCCUGGUGGUGGUGGUGAAGGACCAGGGCCGGCCGGCGCUGUCGGCCACGGCCACGCUGACGGUGGUGCUGGCCGAGAGCGUGGCCGAGCUGCUCUCGGAGCUGGGCAGCGCGGCGGCGCCGGCCGAGCCCGCCGGCAGCCUGACGCGCUGGCUGGUGCUGGCCGUGGCGGCCGUGUCCUGCCUCUUCCUCGCCUUCCUGCUGCUGCUGCUGGCGCUGCGCCUGCGGCGCUGGCGCCGCUCGCAGCUGCUGCCGCCGGCCAGCGGCGCCUUGCGCGGCGUCCCGGCCUCGCACUUCGUGGGCAUCGACGGCGUCCGCGCCUUCCUGCACUCCUACUCGCACGAGGUGUCGCUCACCGCCGACUCGCGCAAGAGCCAGCGGCGCUGGGCGGCCGACAGCUGCUGCAACACCCUCCCGGCCCGGCCGCCGCCCGACAAGGCCGCGCCGCUGCUCGGGGAAGACGCUGCCGGCGCCCGCGGCGCACAGCCCGACGCCCUCCCGGUGAGUCGCUCCGGAUACCGCGACGCCCUCCCUCUCGGCGCUUGCCUCCCUUCCUGCUCCUUGCCCUUCCCUCCCCGCUCUCCUUCCCGGGCGUGGAGGUUUGCUGCUGAGCAAGGCACAGCUUUGCUGGGCAGCGUGUUGUGGGUGGCUGCCCCUCGCUCAGCGGAGGCAAGCAUGGGCUUCACUGCCAGCGUUACACCUGCUCCUGAAGGCGGGAUUCGGGCGGGGGCUUUUUCAUGCAACUUUUUUUUUUUUUUUUUUCCCCACUCUUUGUGAGUGGUUGAUUAUUUCUUCCCCUGUCAUAUAUCAUGCAGUUUUUCCUUUUGUUCUUCUCUAUUCUGAGUAAAUGUACAUUUUAGUUUACUGGGAGAUUAAGAUGAAUCAUCCCAAUAGCCCAUGUGCUUGAUCAGUAGGUAGUCUUCAAACAGAAUCUUAAUGGCUCCGUGUUUGUUUUGGCUGCCUCUCUUCUAUACUCGAAUAUACUCUUCUCCUAUAUAUUCCUAUAUAUAUUAUUAUAAAAUAUUGAGGUUUGAAGAGUGAGAGCAAAGUCCUUUUCAUGUUCUGUAAGUAUCACGUUUUUCCCUUGUUUAUUUUCCUUGUAAAAUCUGGAGCACCUGUGCAAGAGAACCCUUAAAAAGACUAUGAGUAUGUAGACUGUAUGCAUGCAUGUAGAGGUAUGAUUCCUUAGUAUAAUACCUUCUAAUACCUGUGAAAAUCCUCAUUAGUCUACCCCUAUCUGCAUUGAGGUAUAGCGUUUCUUCCUAGUUGUAAUUCCAUUUUCAAGCCUUUAUUUGCAGGAAGGUUGUGCUUCAUAUUUCCCAUUUCUGAGAGGGCUUUUACAUUUGAAAAUGCAAAGUUUGUAUUGCAGCAAAUCCUUAUCUCCCUUGAGAAGGUCUUAUAAGCCAUCUGGAGACAAGAUGUUGUGUAAGGGAAACAAAUCGCUCACAAGACGUAUCAUGAGAAAAGGCCCCAUACUAAAUCAUUUACAUUUAUAGUUUCAUUUUCAUUUGAGAUGAGUAGGGCACAUCAUGGAAAAACUGAUGAGAGCUGAUCAGCUUUUCUUACUAUGAUGUCCCCUACUGUACAGUCCAGAGGAAGACUUAAGAACUGAGCCAUUUCUUGGUUCUCUAGGGAGGUAUUUUCCUGCAUGCAGUGAAGACCAUGCUGUCUUUGCUGUGAAUUUCUCUACCACACUUUCUCUUUGAAUGCUUUUUUUGCUUGUCUGAUUUUAUCUUUUCCUGGUCUUUUGUCUAGGUGUGUAGGUUGAGUUAUCAGUAGCAGCAUAGCUGUGUUGAGGAAUGUGCUAUGUUUUCAUGGGCCUUGCUCUGGUGAGGCAAUAGCUGGAAUUUUCCUCUCCAUGUUUGAAUAUCUCGAGGUCAAGAUGUAUGUUUCCAUUAGCCCAUUCAGCACUCACUAUUCUCAGUAACAGCAAUUUCUGAUAGUGAAUUCUAAUAAUGAAUGAGGAGGUCUGCACAGUGUUUUAGGAGACUAAGAUGGUCUUGAAAC